AUGAAGGCUAUUUUGUGUAUACUGUUUUUGGCGGUUUGCUCAGCCGUCGCGGGGCCAAUCGAGCUGAUUGACGGCAAAUACCCGCGUUUCUUCGACUUCGAGGAUGAAGACGGCGUUAUCCAUAAAGUGGACCUGCUUGAACCAGUCGAUAUGGAACUAUUGAACGACAUCCAAAUGAAUCCUGCAAACAACCAGUACCAACUUUUCACUAGACGCAAUCCCACUAAUCACCAGACGCUCAGAAUCAACGAUGCGAACAGUGUCAGAUCAUCGAACUUCGACGCAAGGCAUCCCACAAUCGUCAUAUCUCACGGAUGGCUCAGCAACAUGAAGACUAAUCUCAACCCAGUUAUUAGAGACGUAUACCUAAGAAGACAGGAAACCAACGUUAUCGUGUUAGAUUGGAGAAAACUCGCUCUAGCUCCUUAUCCGACAGCUGCGAGAGGGGUUCCAGAUAUUGGACGUGGCCUUGGACAAUUCCUGGACUUCCUCCACAGAACUACGGGAGCACCCUAUAACACCAUGCAUCUCAUUGGCUUUAGUUUGGGAGGACAUGUUGUUGGCAAUGCUGGUAGAUUCCUUGGUGGACGAGUAGCACGUAUUACUAGCUUAGAUCCGGCUGGUCCUCUGUGGAGCAAUAACGACCAAAGAGUACGACCUUCGGACGGCGUAUACGUUGAAGCUAUUCACACCAACGGUGGUCUCGCUGGACUCGGCAUUGGAUCUCCCGUAGCCAACGUUGACUUCUUCCCCAACGGUGGGAAAUCCCAACCUGGAUGCUACACACCGAUAUGCGACCACAACAGAGCCUGGGAGUUCUUCGCUGCCACGAUACCGAGGAAUCAUCUUAUUGGUAGACAAUGCGCAAAUAUGAAUGAAGUCAAUAGAAACAAUUGCAAUGGCGCCUCUUUACCCUUGGGAAACAUAUAUUUAAAUAAACGAGGAUCUGGCAUUUUCCGAGUUAACACCGGCAGAAGAUAUCCGUUCUAA